AUGAAGGAAAAUUCUAAUGAUAUUAUACCAAAAAUUGAUUCGCCAGUUUUAAAAGUGAUUAUUUCGAAUGGCUUUGCACCAUCUGAGCCUGCAAAGCAAUCUUAUAUACCUCCUAGUUUUAUUGAAGAUCUUCAAACAAAAGCUAGUCGCUCUUUAAAGAGAUUUCGCAAACUCCCAAUUGAAAAAUAUUCACAUAAUGCCGAUGAUUUCGCAAUAAAGUUCAAAAAUUUUUUAUCAACAACUCCUUUACGUCAGCCAAGCUUAACUGAAAGAAAUACAAAAAUUGCUAACCCCUAAGUGAAGGAAAACGUUGCUUUCUUACGGAAAGGAGUUAAUUGAUUUUUAAUAAAUUUUGUAUUUUAUAGUAAUUUUUUUUUUAAAUUUAAAAAUUGCAAAAUCGUAGAACAAAAAUUAAUUUAACUUGCAAAAUUUAUUAAAUGCAUGCAAUUUUUUAAUUCAUAAGAAUUAGCUAGAGAUUUAUUAUAAAAUUAUCACUAUAUAUCAAAAAUAUUUUUUUAAAAUAUUUUUACGCUAAAAAAGUGUUGUUCACUCAUUGUGCUUGGUUUUUACUAAAAAAUAUGAUUUUUCCAUUGGUUUUGCUCUUUCAGGGAUUAAGAAAUACAAGCCAUUAAAAGAAACUAUUCCAGAAAGAACAGAGUCUGCAACUCCAUUUUCUAAUAUGAUACGGGCAGAGAAAUUAAUUACAAAAAAUACUGUCGAAAUCGAUUAUUUAAAAUCAAACAAAGUCCAUAUAAAUUUAAACAAAGGUGAAAAUGAUGAUCAUUUAUUUUACCAAAAUUUAAAAAAUUCUAUCCAUAAGAAAAUUAGGUGGAAAACUCCAACCUUGCAGAAAAAUGAUAAUUAUGAGUUCAGGAUUGAAGGAAAAAGCAAAAUUCUUAAUAGAAAUACGAAUAAAAAUUAA